ACUGAAUUUACUCAUAUACAGCAGAGGUGUGGCGUCUUGAUCUAAAUGAAAGCGUUUGAGGUGGAUAACUUGCAGUUCGCGGCGGUAUAUUUUUUAAGAUGGCGGGCGGUGAAGGCGGUAGUGUUGCUGGCCAGCUGUACAAGCAAGAUUUAGCUAAACUUGAUGUAGCUAAAUUGACUGCGCUCUCUCCUGAAGUUAUAAGUAGACAAGCAACAAUUAAUAUAGGUACAAUUGGCCAUGUGGCACAUGGUAAAUCUACAGUGGUGAAAGCUAUUUCUGGCGUUCAAACUGUUCGUUUCAAAAAUGAACUGGAAAGGAACAUUACCAUUAAGUUAGUUCCAGGAGGUCUUGAGCCUGAGCUGGCAAACGCAAGUGAGGGGAGCAUGGAAAACAAGGAGGUGUCUGCAGCCGAGGUUAAGGCUGAGCCCGUGCCCAUAACAGUUGGGGACUGUAUCACCAUUUCAAGAAAAGGCAAGAACAGUGUCUCGGUGAAGGCCAAGAACAUGCGUAAGACAAAACUUAACAGUGCUGAGUGUAAGUGGCAGUUGAGUGCAGGGAAAGGUAACAAAAGACGGAAAGCGUGUCCAGUCCCUGAAGAAUACGAAGAAGGCGAGUCGGUGUACGAGGUUGAGAAAAUCUUAGAUCAUCAUAAGGUUCAGAAUGGAGACAUUUUCUAUCUGGUCAAAUGGAAAGGGUGGCCUACAGAAAGUAGUACGUGGGAACCGGAAGAACACCUCACCAAUUGCGAGCAGAUAUUGGAAAAUUAUCGUUCAAAAUUUCAAGGACAGAUAGUAGAACUGGCCUCUGUUGGACUCCCAACAUCAGAAGACAUGGAGAACUUCAAAAAGAGUCUUGAGCAACCAACGAAAGGAAUGUUGGAAAGCGUCAUGAAGACUUUCUCAGCUAAAGGCUUUCUGAAGUACACAGUGCCCACAGAGAAAGAUAUUGACAUGAAAAUUUUUGAUCUGUUAAAACUUCCUGAUGACAGAAGGAAUCCUGAGCUGGUACAGAAAAUAAAAGAUGAGCUCAUGGUCCGAGAAUUUCAUUUCAGACGUCUGGAGCAGCUGAAAAACCUCCGGGUGUUUGAAAUGGAAAUGAACUGCCUGUCGACAGAUAAGGCUUCUAUAGCUGUAGAAAAUGAUGUGGAUCUUGAGGAAGCACCAACCAACUUCAUGUAUUUAAAUGACUAUCUGCCUGGAGAGGGUAUCACCAUUCCUGAGGACCCUCCAGUUGGAUGUGACUGUCAGCCAUUCUGCAGUCCUGACUCUGGAAAUUGUUGUGGCAAGCAGUCUGGCGCUACGUUUGCAUAUGGUCCUGAUAAGCGUCUUAUUGUUCCUGUGGGAACUCCUAUAUACGAGUGCAACAAGCGUUGUAAGUGUAACUCCGCGUGCCCGAACAGGGUUAUUCAGAAUGGACGCACGAUAAAGCUGUGCGUGUUCCGAACGGCGUCCGGUUGUGGUUGGGGGGUGAAAGCCUUGCAGCCUAUUAAGAAGGAUUCAUUUGUAUGCGAGUAUGUGGGUGAAGUGAUUAAGAAUGAAGAGGCUGAAAAAAGAGGGAAAAUUUAUGAUGCGGAGGGCAGAACGUACCUGUUCGAUUUAGAUUACAAUGACAGCGAGCAAACUCCGUUCACAGUAGAUGCAGCUGUAUAUGGGAACAUCUCGCAUUUUAUAAAUCAUUCAUGUGAACCAAACCUUGCAGUGUUUGCUGUGUGGAUCAAUUGCUUGGAGCCCAAUUUACCGAAACUCGCCCUGUUUGCCACGAGAAAUAUCAGGGAGGGAGAGGAAAUUACGUUUGAUUACAUGUGCCAGUAUGUAAAGGGAAAUAACAAUUCUCCCUCAAAUCCAGAUCUGUCUUCCGAAAGUCUCGUUUCACCGUACGCUUCUCCGUUACGCGCUCGUCUCACUCUGCCCGACAGCGAACGUUUAGAAAACUCUUCACCGGAAUCUUCGGAAAUAGUCAGUAAAACGGCAUCCAGAACUCGCUGUAAAUGUGGUGCUAAGAAGUGUCGGAAGUAUCUGUUUUAGGUUGAGGUUUUCCUCUUGUAACCGCGUGUAACUUUAAUUGGUUUAUGCACAGUGGAGUGUUCAUUUGUUACAAGACAGUACGUAUGUAUUGUUUAAUAUAUAUCAUAUUGUACUUUAAGUUUUGCUAUGAACGUACAAGCUAGUGUGUGAAAUAAUGAAGGAUGCAUAUGAUAGGCACA